AUGUUUUUAAGAUAUAAACAAAUCAGUGGUGAAAGAUGGAAAUACAUGCAACAUUACUUGCAGCCAAAGUAUGGAAAAAUCGUUAGAAUAGGACCUAAAAACGUUAUUGUGGCUGAUAAAGAUGUGAUCAAACAAAUGUUGGUUACGGAUGAAAUGCCUAAGAGCGAAAAUUAUGAUACAUUAAGAGUGGAAGAUGCUCGAGUUUCAUUAUUCGUUACAAGAGAUGUAGAAUUUCAUAAAAAACGGAGACGAAACCUUACACCAGCAUUCUCUUUAAAAUACCUUGCAUCAUUAGAACCACUUAUGCAAUUUUGUUUAAGAGAUCUAAUUACAAAACUUGACGAAUCUAUCGAUAACGAUAAAAAAAUUCAUGGCACUAUUGUUAAUAUUUAUGAAUUAAUCAGGAAUACAGCAAUGGAUAUUAUAGGAGAAACUGCUUUUGGAGAGUCAUUUAAUAUAGUAAAAAACGGGAAUCAUCCCUUAACUAGCCUAACUUUUCGAGAAUUGGUUAGAAGAAUUUUAUGCAGCACAUUUCCGGCUCUAAAGUUAUUUCUAAAGAUGGAUCCUUUUAUCGAUGAAUUUUCAAUUAAAAUGAUAAAUAAAAGGAAAAAUUCGGAAAUAAAGAAGAAUGAUUUAUUGCAAAUUAUGCUGGAUUCAAUUGAUGUUAAAGGAGGAAUGGAACAAAUAGAAAUUUGCGAACAGAUGUUAGAAUUCAUUUUUGCAGGAACAGAUUCAGGAAGUUAUAUUAUAACGAUGGCAAUAAUUGAAUUAUUACGUCACCCCGAAUCAAUGGAGAAAUUAAUAAAAGAAUUGGAUGCCGCUUUAAUUAAUAAUAAUGGAGAGUUUCCAUUAAAUGAUGAAUUAAAACAUUUAUCAUAUUUAACUGCUGUUAUUAAUGAAACUUUAAGAUUAUAUCCUAUUAUGAUGGAUGUCGGUGUGAGUAAACAACUUACAAAAGAUUCGAUAAUGUGUGGAUAUUUUAUUCCUAAAGGGACCUGUGUAAAUUUAAAUAUUUAUGCAAUACAUUAUUCAAAAGAAUAUUGGGGAGAAAAUGCAAAACAAUGGAUUCCUGAAAGAUGGUUAGAUGUAGACAAAUUACCGAAAAAUGCCUUUUAUCCAUUUUCUGCUGGAUCAAGAAAUUGUAUUGGAAUAAAUUUUUUAAUUCUCUAUUUUAUGCUUUAUUAUGUUAACGUUUUAAUCGUAGCAGAAGAUAAAAUAGAUACGUCGUCAAUAUGGGAAAGAGCCAUGUCAAAUUUACCAGCUGAUAAAUUCCUUGAAGAAGAUAUACCCAUUGAUAGUUUAACUAUAAAAGAAUUAAACGAUUGGACUAAAGGAAUUGCGCAGACAUGUUUACGAGGAAAAGCAUCGUUAGUAUACAGUGUUGACGAACUAUCACUUCCGGAAUCAGCAAAAAGUCUCGCCAAUCUCAUGAGAUAUAAAAAAAAACCUUCACAAAUCUCAUUUCAAAAUAAUGAGGAACAGCCACAAUUCUUUACAACAGCAGAUAAACAAAUAGAAAUCGAGAAAACAUUAUUAAUUUUAGAUAACAUUUAUGACUCGGUUGGUGAAGUUCCUUAUUUUAGGACAGAAGAGGAUUUUUCACCUAAUGUGCCACGUUAUGCACCACUUCAAACCAUUCUAAGUUCGUUCGCUAUAAGAUCUGUUCAAACAGUUGAUAAUUAUAUUUUACAUUCGGUUUGUUCAACAACGAAUACAAGUUUUCAUAGGUACGCAGAUAGAUCUAUAUUUUAUAAUUCAUUAUCAUCCGGAUUAUCAUCAGCAGUUAUCAUACACGUUUCUAGAGGAUUAAAGACCGACGUCUUGAUAGAUAUAAUUAGUACAUUAGCGAUUCAAUUACAUAUGGUGAAAUCAAUUGCUUCUUUAGCUGGAUUAGAUACAGAUGAUGAUGCAGUUCGGACAUUGAUUUAUUUGUGUAUCGUCUCGGAUGGGGUUAAAAGCUCGAUCUCAGGAACAGCGAAGGAAUUAGCAAUGAUAAUCAUGCGUAAAAUGGUAGUGGAUCAAAUUCCCACAUCUGCUUUAAGAUCCAUAAAUAAACGCGUUGCAAUGAAAUUACUUAGUAAAGAAGUUGGAGGUAAAGGAUUGAUUAAUUUCGCUUCUUUAAUUCCUUUUGUGGGUGAAUUGGUUACAUUUAUAAAUGAUUCUUUGGCAACAUAUGCCAUUGGACAAGUUUCUAAAUAUGUUUUUUGUCCAAUGGAUGAAUCAAGCGAAACAAAACAUGAUGAUGAUUCGCCAUCUUCCCCACCACCUCCUUAUCCUGGUAGAAUUGAACUUUAA